AUGUCAGGAAAGAAAGAAGUAAAAGCCCCAAAAGUUGUUGAAGCUUUAUCAGCCAGAAUCCCAGUUCUUGGUAACGAAUUAGUCUUUGGUGUUGCUCACAUUUUUGCUUCAUUCAAUGAUACUUUCGUCCACGUCACUGAUCUUUCAUCAAAAGAAACCAUCGUUCGUGUUACUGGUGGUAUGAAAGUUAAAACUGAUCGUGAUGAAUCAUCACCAUACGCUGCUACCAUGGCUGCUCAAGAUGUUGCUGCCCGUUGCAAAGAAAUCGGUAUCACUGCUCUCCACAUUAAAUUAAGAGCUACCGGUGGUAAUGGUUCAAAAACCCCAGGUCCAGGUGCCCAAUCAGCCUUAAGAGCUCUUGCCCGUUCAGGUAUGAGAAUCGGUCGUAUCGAAGAUGUUACUGGUAUCCCAACUGAUAGCACCCGUAGAAAAUCAGGUCACAGAGGUAGACGUUUAUAA